UCUACACUCCCUUUAUCAAUUAUUUUGGAUCUAUAAAUUAUCAAUAAUCAAAAUAUCCGCAUCAGUUGACUUUGUUGGUUAGCGGAAUGAAGAUAAUAACACUCUUAGUAUUGGCAAAUCUGCACUUCGCCCUGAGUAGUAAGGUGUUUGAAGAAAUAGACAGGACGGUGACGUGGGGACUUCGAAAUAUUGUGAACAAGUAUAAAUUCUUGGCCACCGGGAACGCCGAGUUCUCCCAGUGGAUAGAAAAGGUAAACAAUAUUGCUGUCCGGAAUGACCUUAAAAAAAAGAUAGAAAUGGAAUAUAACUUUAACGACUACGAUAAAACUCGCCAAUCACUUGAAGAUAAAAUUACUGAACGCUUGACCACGAUCAGAUCCCUAAUUGCACUAAAGAGAGGAGGCAAGAGAUGUGUUAAAUACUACCGACAUCAGGAAAAUGAACUUAAAAAUGCCUACAAAUCCUCCAAUCAGAGAAAAUUGGAGGUUACUGAUGAAAAUAGUAAAAAUUGCCCUACAAAAGUAAGGGAACAGCGUAAUGAUUACGAUUACUAUGGAUACUAUUAACUUUAAAUAUUUGUAACUAAAUCAAAUAAAAUUCCGCCUUUGAUUUAAA